AUGGAAGCAAAAGAAGACUAUUGGAUCAUCAAUGAGGAAGAACUUGGCGAGAUUAAAGCAUGUCUAGAAGGCGGCAAUCUGUACAAGACAAAAGAAGCAAUCAGUGAAUCAUUGGAGAGUAUGCAACUGAAUAUUGCAGUGACAGGAGAUUCAGGAGCUGGGAAGUCUACUUUCAUUAAUGCCAUCCGAGGCCUGGAAGAUGAUGAUGAAGAUGCUGCGAAGACUGGAGUGGUGGAGACCACAACAAAAGUAAUGUCGUAUUCUAACCCAAAUGAUAAGAAUGUAAUAUUUUGGGACCUGCCAGGGGUGGGAACUCCUAAUUUCAAGCCAGAGGAGUACCUGGAAGCCGUAAAGUUUCAUCAAUAUGACUUUUUCAUCAUCAUGACCUCGGAACGUUUCCGGCUCAAUAAUGCUGACCUAGCCAAAGAGAUUCAAGCGAUGGGCAAGGAGUUCUACUUUGUGAGGACAAAGGUUGAUAACGAUUUGGCUGCCAGUAAGAAACAGAAGAAGAAAACAUUUAAUGAGCAGAAUAUUUUGAAAGAAAUCCGUGAAAACUGCGUUCAAAAUCUUCGGCGUGCAGGAAUCCAUGAGCCGCGUGUGUUUCUCCUCUCCUGUCUGGAUUUAGACAAGUAUGAUUUCAAUCUCAUACAAGAAACUCUAGAGAAGGAGCUUCCAAGUAACAAGCGAGACAUCUUCCUUCUCGCUUUACCCAACCUCUCUCUGUCAAUACUGGAGAAGAAGAAGCAGGCUCUGCAAAGACAUGUUUGGAAGGUGUCCAUACUGUCAUGUGCGGCUGCUACAGUCCCGCUUCCCGGGUUGUCCGUUGUUUGUGAUAUCACCAUUUUGAUGACAGCCAUGAAGAAGUAUGUCAACGCUUUUGGCCUCACACAUGAUUCUCUUGAUAAAUUAGCACGGAAAUGUGGUAAAGAUGUUGCAGAAUUAAAGUCUGUAGUCAAAACCCCUUUGGUUCAGGAAGAGAUUACUGUGAAGGCCGUUGCCAACCUUAUAGCCAAAGCCGUGGUAAGCAAGUUAGGGAAGCUUAUGUUUGUUAAGUAUGCUAUAAGCAUGAUCCCUAUGAUUGGCUCCCUAGUAGCUGGUGGGCUCUCUUUUACUACCACAUAUGCAGUGCUCAAUAAAUUUCUGGAAGACUGUGCAGAAGAUGCAGUAAGGGUUCUUCAGAAGGUUUUAGAGACCCAUAAUUAG